UCUGUUUACAUGCCAUUGUUAUAUGAUUUACAGUAAAUAUUUAAAAUAUAAAGUUGUAUUCAGAUGUAAGUAAGAAAUUAUAUUUCUAUGAGGAAGCAAAUUCACUCCAUUAAUAGUUGGAAAUUAUAUAUUUUCCUUGAGUAUAAUUUUUACUGCUGUGGAAAUAAUAAACAAAAUUCAUAAUGCUGUGUUGUUAUUAGUAGGAAAGAUUGGCAGGAGAUGACACAUCACACUUGGAGGGGGUUGAGGGAGAGCUGGCUGGUAAUGGUUAUGAAAGUCUGUGAGCCAUCUAAAGCACCCUGUGUCCCGCUAGGGUUAGGACUGUAAUCUUCUGCCUCUAGAAGCUUAAGGGGCCCAAGGUAGACUUUCUCGCCUUUAACCUAUAACUUAUUUCACUUUAUUUAAUUUUGCCUUAUUUAACACAUCAGGGGCCUCAGUCAAAGCUUCUCUGGGAGAAGGGAGAUCAGUUUCAGAGAGUGGUGCAAAGUGAAGCUUGGGAAACAAGAGUGGACAUGCUUCCAAGAAGUUUAGCUUUGAUGAGGAAGAGAGAGCAAGGUAUGUAACUCAAGAGGAAUAAAGGAUCCAGCUUGCUUUGUUCUUUCCCUGUUAUAAUUGGAAUUUACUUACAUGGCAGAGAACAUGGUCACUUGGAAGUUCUGUCAAAAUAAUCCCAAGGAGAUACCCAGACUAGUCUGGCUUAGUAGCAUGAUCAUUUCUGGGUCAAUUUUUGGUCACCCUGUGGCUAGGAUUGCAUCUACAUCCUCAAAUUAGGACACAAAUACUGCUCUGCUAAGUGGAGUGGGGAUUAAAAGAAAUGAGUGGCCAAGGACUAAUUCAGCCUGGGUGUGGAAGAACGGUUUUGGUGAUGCUAUUUACCCAAAGGUGAACAAGAAAUAAAAGAUUCCCAUGAUGAAGAUUUUCCAGGAGAGACUUUGAGUUAAAGAAGGCUUUUUAUAUUUGACAAGUGUUGUCAUCUGUAAUGAAGAUCACUGAAAAACAGAAGAUUGAAUAAAGCCUUGUAACAUUGGACCUGGAUAGGAGAUUUAGAAAAGAAAAUUACUCACUUUGGUUUUAGUGUUUCAAUUUCAUAAUAUUUAUUCUUUUGAAUAAAUUUAAGGAGUAGAAAUUAAAAUUCAGUGCUAUACUAACAGAUGCACUAUUAUUAUUAUUUUUUUUAAUAAGAGAAGAAAAUAGAUAACCAAGAGCUCUAGUGAUUCAUAAUGAAAUACACUAAAUUGCACUUUAUGUUUUCAGUUCUUGGCAUUAUAAUCUAUAUAACUGAUUUAAUUGUGGACAUUUGGGUAUCUGUCAGGUUUUUCUAUGAAGGACGAAAUGUUUUUGGUAUUUUAACAGUAAGCUUUAUGCUCUUUGGAACACUUGUGGUGCAGUGUUUUAGUUACUCUUGGUUCAAGGCUGAUUUAAAGAAAGCAGGCCAAGAAAGUCAGCACUGUUUUCUUCUACUUCAUUGCUUGCAAGGAGGAGUUUUUACAAGGUAUUGGUUUGCCUUGAAAAAGGGUUAUCACGUGGCUUUCAAAAAUAUCAGCAAAACUGAUAACUUUAUAGAAGAACAAAUUGAUCCACAUAAAGAGGUUAUAGAUAGAAUGACUGAUUUGAGCAUGCUCAGACUAUUUGAGACCUACCUGGAAGGCUGCCCACAAUUUGUUUUGCAGCUCUACAUCUUUCUGGAACAUGGUCAAGCAAAUUUCAGUCAGUAUGCAGCCAUUAUGGUCUCUUGCUGUGCUAUUUCUUGGUCAACUCUUGAUUAUCAAGUAGCUUUAAGAAAAUCCUUGUCUGAUAAAAAUCUUCUUAAAGGAUCCUGUCCCAAAUUCACUUACCUCUUUUACAAGUUAUUUACAUUAUUAUCUUGGAUGCUGAGUAUUGUACUUCUUUUAUUCUUAAAUGUUAAGAUUGCAUUAUUUCUAUUGUUAUUUCUUUGGUUUUUAGGGUUAUUGUGGGCAUUUAAAAAGCAAACUCAGUUUUGUGCUUCUGUAAGUAUGGAAUUUUUAUAUAGAGUUGUUGUUGGAUUCAUUCUUAUUUUUACUUUUUUUAAUAUUAAGGGACAGAAUACGAGAUGUCCAAUGUUUUGCUACUAUAUUGUAAGGGUACUGGCCACAGUGGGGAUAUUGGUUGUGUUCUGGGUUUCCCCAGUCUCUGUUUUUAAUUCAGACUAUUUUAUGCCUAUCAGUAUCACUAUAGUUCUUAGUCUUGUCCUUGGAAUUAUUUUUCUUAUUGUUUAUUAUGGGACUUUGCACCCAAACAGAAAAGAAGAAACAAAACCUGAUGAAAUUGAUGGAAAAACGGCUCAAGAAGAUUGUAGAAUGAAGUAUUUUAUAAUGGACUAGCUAUUAAUUUGUGAGAUAUGUUUUCUUACUUCUUUGUUUCAUUGGUUAAUAAAGAAAAUGUUAUUGUAUGUGUUAUU